CCCUUGUUGUCACGACGUAGGUCGGGCUCUUGGCGCUGCUGCCGCUGUAGUGGGGAGACGGGAGGGAAAAGCGGCUUCUCCUCCUCCCCCCCCCCCCGACCAGUCCCCAUUCUCCCGGGCCGGGGGCGGCGCCCUCGCCAUGGCCACCAGCACCACGGGCUCCACGCUGCUGCAGCCCCUCAGCAACGCCGUGCGGCUGCCCAUAGACCAGGUUAACUUCGUAGUGUGCCAACUCUUUGCCUUGCUUGCAGCUAUUUGGUUUCGAACAUACCUUCAUUCAAGCAAAACUAGCUCGUUUAUAAGACAUGUUGUUGCCACGCUUUUAGGCCUUUAUCUUGCACUUUUUUGUUUUGGAUGGUAUGCCUUACAUUUUGUUGUACAAAGUGGAAUUUCCUACUAUAUCAUGAUCAUAAUAGGAGUGGAAAAUAUGCACAAAUAUUGCUUUGUUUUUGCUUUGGGAUACCUCACUAUGUGCCAAAUUACUAGAGUCUAUAUCUUUGAUUAUGGACAAUAUUCUGCUGAUUUUUCUGGCCCCAUGAUGAUAAUUACACAGAAGAUCACUAGUCUGGCUUAUGAGAUUCAUGAUGGGAUGUUUCGAAAAGAAGAAGAAUUGACCCCAUCACAGAGAUGCUUGGCUGUAAGACGCAUGCCAAGUCUACUGGAGUAUUUAAGUUACAACUGUAAUUUCAUGGGUAUCCUGGCAGGCCCGUUAUGCUCUUAUAAAGACUAUAUUACUUUCAUUGAAGGCAGAUCAUACCAACUGACACAGUCUGAAGCAAAUGGGAAAGAAGAUGUAAAAUAUGAACAAACAGAUCCCUCACCAAAUAUAGCUGUGACACAGAAACUCUUAAUCUGUGGGUUCUCCUUAUUAUUUCAUAUGACUGUCACAAAAACUUUACCUGUGGAAUACAACAUUGAUGAUAACUUCAGAGCUACAGUAUCUUUGCCUAUGAGGAUUAUCUACCUGUAUGUGUCUUUAAUGGCUGCCAGGCCCAAAUACUAUUUUGCAUGGACUUUAGCAGAUGCAAUUAAUAAUGCAGCAGGGUUUGGUUUUAGAGGAUAUGACAAAAAUGGAGCAUCACGCUGGGAUUUAAUAUCAAAUCUGAGAAUCCAGCAUAUAGAGUUUUCAACAAGUUUCAAGAUGUUUCUUGAUAACUGGAAUAUUCAAACAGCUCUUUGGCUUAAAAGAGUAUGCUACGAGCGAGCUUCCUUCAGUCCUACGAUCCAGACCUUCAUCCUUUCGGCCAUUUGGCAUGGUGUGUACCCUGGAUAUUAUUUAACAUUUUUAACAGGAGUACUAAUGACAUUAGCAGCACGAGCCAUGAGAAACAACAUUAGACACUACUUUGUUGACUCUCCUCCUGUUAAAUUAUGUUACGAUGUCAUCACAUGGAUAGCAACUCAAGUAGCAAUAAGUUACACAGUUGUGCCAUUUGUUCUGCUCUCUGUAAAACCCUCUUUCAUGUUUUACAGCUCCUGGUAUUUCUGUCUUCACAUUGCCUGCAUCUUAGUGUUGUUGAUAUUGCCAUUGAAAAGAACUCAAAAAGGAAGUAUAGAGCAGGCAAGCAUCAAGCCCUCAUGGCCCAAAAAAUUAGAAGAAGAAAAUGUUUUGGGACAGAACAGUUAUUCCACAACAAAUAAUAGUUUCAAUCAGAAACAAGAAAUAACCUGCAGAUAUCCAGCACUAAAACAAUGAUUGGGAAAUACUAUGAUGAAUAUAUUUUGUAUGUUUUCAAAACCCAUUUUUAGCACCUUUUAAAGGGGUUUGUAUUUGUUUGCAAAGGUGUUUAGUAAGAAAAGAAUGCUGUUACCUAGGGAAUAUCACAUACAAUAGCAAGACUGGAAACAAAGCAAAUUAACCCCUCCUAUGCCAUGUCCCUGUGGGUCAUGCCUUAUAUGAAAAUAUUACCAUUAUUUCAAUGGGCACUCAGGACUUACAACGUAUGUCCAUAGGGUCAGAUGUGUGCCCCUUUGCUGAAUGUACGUUGUGUAUCCCAAGGCACUGAUGGGGUGGAAAACAGCUGUGUCAGUCUAAAUUAACACAUGGAAAUUAACUUUUCCAAAUGAAUGACUUGCCUUAAACCCUCUAUCUACUGAAAUAUUGUUUCUAAGUGAUAAUUUCAUGUUUAAUAUUAUGUGGAAACUGUAUAAUGUUGGGUGCUGUUUUUAAAAAAAGACAGGACUAUGAAAUGGGAAACUGUUGAGAGGUUGUGAAGCUUUGAAAAGGUAUUGCAAUAAACAUCUCAGUAUUUGGAGGGUUUUCUUAGGCCUUGGCUACACUGGCGCUGUACAGUGCUGCAACUUGCUGCGCUCAGGGGGGUGAAAACGCACCACCCCCCCCGAGUGCAGCGCUGUAAAGCACCAGUGUAAUCAGCGCCUGCAGCGCUGCACGCUCGCUCACAGCGCUGCAAGCUAUUCCCCUCGGAGAGGUGGAGUACUUGCAGUGCUGCGAGAGAGAGAGAGCUCUCGCAGUGCUGGCGGCGCGACUACACUCGCGCUAGACAGCGCUGCCGCGGCAGCGCUCUGAAUCCCCAAGUGUAGCCAAGACCUUAGAUCUCAAACUAUUACAGUACGUUGUGGAACUGUAAACAUUACCAAUGCCAAAUUAUAGCUUAGUUUGAUAAAGAGAGUCUAAUUACAAAGAGCCCUUCUGAAAGGAUUUUUUUAAAACUAAAGAUUCACCUUUUUUCCAGGGCUAAUAGCUCUGUUCUAGGUUUAUUUUAUUUUGUUGUUUUUAAAAACACUAAGUGGACUUUGAAGCUAGAGACAAAAUGGCAGCCAUAACAAUACAGAUGAAGACACUGUGCGAGCCACCAGGCUUUCAGUGAAAGUGCUUCUUACCCUUAGCUACUGGAGUUCCUUAUUCUAGCACUUAAAUAUUUUACAAAUAGUGACUUUUUAAUCUUUAAGAAGUCACUCUGAAGUUUCUCAGACAUAAAAUGGUUAGUUGAAGGUGCUUACAGUAUCAAAUAAAUAUAGCCAGAUUACCUUGAGAUUGUAACUCAAGUUAAUAGAAAACAAAAGAUGAAAUCAUAUGUCAACCAGGCACUGUAUGCUUCAUCUUAAUAAUCCAUGGCCCUUCACCCCAAAAUGCCUGUGGGCUUUAAGAAAAGCUUUUUUUUUUUUUAAUUAAGAUUUCAGAUGCAGAAUUCACAGUACACUUUUAGGUAAGAUUAUGGGAGAAAGCAAUGUUUAGGAAUGUGAGACUGAUAUUUCAUUUUGAAAUUAUAUCAAGGAAGUAAUGUUGUGAUUAUAUCUGUAACAGACCAUUUAUUGUGGUAAUGGCCUCUGCUAGAGAAAAACUGUGUUUAAAGGGCUAUGUUUUUAUUUGCUUAUAUUCUGUAUUAUUUUCAUAUGAUUUUUAGUAAAUGCAAACUGUGUUUAUCCACAUGUUGUUUUAACUUUAAAACUUAUACAAAACAUGCCAGAGCAACAGUAAUGAAACUUAUUAUCAGUCAAUAACAGCCAAAUGAGGUGAGUAAUAAAUUUCUUGAUUAAUA